UUUUAUUCAAUGGAUAAUCCAUAUUAUAAUUUCAUGAAACUGUCGCGUUUUUCUGGUCUCCGUUGUGUAUUUAAGAGUGAAUUAUAUGGUAUUACACCGUUCAAAGGACGCGGAUAUAUAUUUUCAGAGAACAUUUCUUCUAACGGUUUAUGUGCUGUACAAUUUCAAAUUAUUUUGUUAUCAUUAAUUGUUUGAGGAAUUAAUACGAGGAUAGUGUAUGUAUGAAUUUUUUAAACGGACUGGUUGAUGUUAAGAACAAUGUCAUUAUUCAAUAAACCGAAGAGGAAUAUUCGUCGUCGGCCUUUCAACGACGAUGAUGAAGAUAAUGAAAAUAGGAUGGAAGUGGAGGAUACCCAGCCUAUAAAAUCCAAAGCAAAGAAGAAGGAUAAACCGAAGCAGACGCUCCUUAGUUUUGGAGAGGAGCUGGAAGAAGCGGACGAUGGUGAAGUCUUUAAAGUGAAGAAAUCAUCAAGGAGCAAAAAAUUGAUGAAACAACUAGAUCACGAGAGGAGAAAAAAGAAAGGUGAAGAGAAAAUGCAACUGGACUCUGAGCAAGCGAACAUGUCCAUUAAACAGGAAAAAGAUUUAGAAAUAAAGACAGAUGAUCUAGUAGUUAAGAUAAAGAAUACAGGACCUUUAAUACUAAAUGGACGAGCUGCACUUGCAGCUGGAAAGGAUGAUUAUACAUCUGAUGAAGAGGAUGAUGAGACACGUAGUCAUAAAUUUAGAAGAAACACAGAUAAAGCUGACACAAUGAAGAUUCUCCUUGAGAGUGGUUGUAUUCCUGAUGCUGCAAUGAUCCAUGCAGCCAGGAAAUGCAGACAAAAAGCAAGAGAAUUAGGAACUGAUUAUAUUCCUAUAGAAGAACAAAGUGAUGAUAAAGGCAAAUCAAGACUUAUUAGAGAAGAAGACCAUGAUAGAAGCGAUGAUGAUGAUUCUCAAGAUCGAAUUGAUAUGACUGUUAAUACCGAAGCGCGCGACAAGGAAAAACGGAGAGAAGCUUUUCUUGCUUCACAAGUUUCAUUAAAGCUUUCAGAUGAUGAAAGUGAACAUGAAAAUGAAGAAGAAGAAUGGGAAGCUCAACAGAUUAGGAAAGGUGUAACAGGUGCACAGAUUGCAGCAGCACAACAAGAUUCUAUGAUGCAGCAACAGUAUUCGAUUGGUAUGAAUGUGAAUCAAGUGAUUGGAACUGGAGUACCUUUAGAAAUGGUAAUGAUGCCGGCUCCUCCGCCUCCGCCAGCAAUUCAACCGCCAGAUCCAACAAAAAUAGUACCGGUUACUCCCCAGGAAGUUGUCAAUAAGAUGCGUGCAAGAUUGGACAGUUUAAAAGAAGUACACCGACGUCAUCAGUUAGAUCAGGAUCGUUUAGAACAAGAAUUGGAACAAACUAUGAAAGAACUGGAUGAAGGUGAAAUUCGUGCACCGCAGCUUGCACAGCGCUUCAGAUAUUACCAAGAGUUGCGUGGGUAUGUCACUGACUUGGUAGAGUGUCUUGAUGAGAAGCUGCCUCUGGUUGUGGGAUUGGAGCAACGCUGGUUAGAUCUUUAUAGUGAACGCGCGACUGAACUGAUGGAAAGAAGACGGCAAGAUACGAGAGAUCAAGCAGAAGAAAUUACAACAGCUGCAAGAGGCCAACCUAUCCGAAGAGGUCCAGAAGUUGAAUCUCGUAUUCGUCGAGCCACGGAAAGAGAAGGAAGAAGAGCUCGUCGAAGAAGAGCCAGGGAAUUGGCUCCUACAUUACCGAAACACAUUGACGGAAUGUCGAGUGACGAUGAAGUUACUGAACAGCAAAAUCUUGCGUUUAAACAGACGAAAGGUGAGAUUGAUAAUGAAAGUAAAGAAAUAUUCUCUGAUGUCAUGGACGAGUAUUGUACACUAAGAGGAAUACUUUCAAAAUUUGAAUCUUGGAGAGAGACCGACAGAGAUGCUUACAUGGAAGCUUAUGUGUCUUUAUGUAUACCUAAAAUCAUUUCCCCUAUUAUUAGAUUGCAAUUGUUAACAUGGAAUCCUAUUAUGGAAAGUGCUGAUAUAGACAGAACAAAAUGGUAUAAUACAUUGCUUUUAUAUGCAUUAGAUAGUAAAGAAACCGAAGAAUCACUUAAGAGGGAUCCAGAUGUUAGAUUGAUACCAUCUACAGUGGAAAAGAUAGUCGUACCUAGAUUAACAUCUAUAGUCGAGAAAAUAUGGGAUCCGAUGUCUACAUCACAAACAUUACGACUUGUAGGCACUGUAAAUCGUCUUAUUAGGGAGUAUCCAAAUUUAAACGAUUCAAGUAAAUCAUUAGAAACGUUAUUUAAUACCUUACUAGAGAAAAUUAAAGCAGCAGUGGAAAAUGAUGUAUUCAUACCAAUCUUUCCAAAACAAGUUUUGGACACUAAACAUCAAUUUUUUCAAAGACAGUUUGCAAUGGCUGUGAAAUUGUUGAGAAAUUUAUUAAGUUGGCAGGGCUUGCUUGGAGACACCCAAUUAAAAAAUUUGGCCCUUGGUUCUUUAUUAAAUAGAUAUCUUUUAGCGGGUUUAAGAGUUUCUGUUCCUACCGACGCCUUAUUUAAAGCAAAUAUGGUAAUGAGUACACUUCCUCGCGCAUGGUUACAAGGUGAAACAAUAGAGCAUCUAAGAAUGUUUGCUACACUUAUACAGCAACUUAGUGAGCAAUUGGAUCAAGCAAAUCCAGCGCAUAAUGAAGCCUGGGAAUAUUCGAAGUCCAUCCUGAAAAUAAUCAAGCCUUUGUAAUGUAUUAAUUAUGUAUGCAUUUCUUAAUAAUAUUUUAUGGUACUUUUAUUUUAUGGUAUUCAUUAAUAUGCCUAUCUAUAAUUUUAUACGCAUCUGAAAGGAUCUUGUAUAUGCCGAAUUAGAGUACAAUUAGAUGUGUAAUAUAUAAAAAUGUAAUUUUGUAUAGAAAUAAAUUAAACAAGAUUCUGAUAAUAUACUACACUUUCCAACAGCAGUUGUAAAUAAACAGUAUGUCGAAAUAAAUAUGUAAAUAUCAAAUUGUGUUAAAAUCUCUUAUUAUAGCUACGAAAGUUAA